AUGCCUCCAAAGCCUUCUGUUCGAGGAGAAUACAUCGAGACUGAGACAGGCAACAAGAUUUCACGGAAGGCUAGCGUUCUCGGCCCUCGCCAUAUCAUCCUUGCCGGGAAAUGCGUGAUACAGCAAGAUGUCGUGAUCAGAGGCGACCUCGUCCGGCCGCCGCAGCCUAAACCUCCCACACAACAAGGUGAUCAGAAAUCGACGACGCAGGAUCAGACGUCGAUACAUCUCGGACGCUACGUGUUCAUCAGCCCCGGAUGUACCCUCCAUCCUCCCUCUCGUCUCACAACGGUUGCAAAUCCCAACGGUGGUGAGCCACAGCAGAUCAUGACCUAUUUCAUGCUCAGGAUAUCCGACUACGUAUACAUUGGCCCCAAUACGCAUGUUCGCGCAGCGGAGAUCAAGAGCAAUGUUUACAUCGGGGCAGACUGCACAAUUGGAAAUAUGGUCAUCAUCAAGGACAACGUCAAGAUCUUGGAUGGCACGGUGCUGCCAGCGAACACCGUUUGGGCUGGCGGCACAAUCAUUGCAGGCCGCCCAGGAAGAGUCGUAAGUGAGAUUGGUGAGGGUUGGGCUGCCAGUGUUGCGAGUGGCUCAACGGUAGAUGAGGGUGUAGGUGUUAGGAGCAGAGAGAGGUGGGCAGCAGUUGGAAACAAGCGGUGA